AUGGGAAAUUCGAUAAAUCCCGAAAAAAUCACUUCCCGCCUCCAUCAAGAUUUACUUCCCGCCGCCAAUUUAUCAUCAUCAGCAGCUGCACAAAAUGUUCUUUUCAAUGGAAGUAUUUCUUCGUCUGCUCAGGGAGGAGGAGGAGGUGCAUCUGCAUCUGUUGUUGUAUCAUCGCCGACAAGUGUGCAACAACAAGGAACAAUUAAUUUAAAUAAUAGUAUUAUGGAUAAUAAUAAUAAUAAUAUUGGAGGAUUGAUUGCUGCUUCGAUUAAUAAUAAUAUUAUUAGUAAUAAUAAUAAUAAUGGAGGUCAAUUAUCGAUAGGUAAUAGUCAAUGUUUGGAUAACUCGAAUUCACCAGGAGGAGUAGGAGGAGGAAUACUUUCGGCUUCUUCAGUUUUACGGAAUGUGGGUUCUUCUAAUUUAUCACUUGCCAAUUCAUUGUCUUCAUCAUCGACAUUAUCACCAAGACAUCGUUCUCAGUCAUCAAGUCCCAAUUUUGCCUCAAAUCUUCAUCAUCUUCAGGGAAGUAAUAACACGACCUUUUCACCAAUUUCUCCAUCCACUCCACCUAAUGCAUCUACCUUCUCUUCUACUUCCUCGAAAAGAGUACCUGCUGUCAUUCCCCAGUUAAAACUUUCUGCCAUUCAAAAUUCCAAUCCAGCAUCCCUUUUCAAUAAUAGUAACAAUAAUAGCAAUACAUCCCUACAUUCAUCUUCUUCCUUCUAUAGACAAAUACCUAAUAAUCAGAAUGGAACAAGUACUUCUUCAACUAAUGGAGGAGGAGUAAUAAUCUAUUCGAAUAAUUUAGUAACAUCGAGUAAACAAACCAACAAUAAUAGCGAUAAUUCACCAUCAAUUAAUUCCUCCACACCUGUAGCCAUAGUAAUUAGUAAACCACCUGUACAGAAUAGACCUGUUGGUAGAUUUAGAAAUAAUUCAAAUAAGAGUUCACUUGCAUCUACAACAUCUUCAUCCAAGAGUGGUGGUCGUACACAUCGAUCACAUUCACUAGCUCACAAUUUAUACACUCCGAGAGGAGGUAACUUAUUAUCACCUAGGUCAAUCAUGCCAAAUGGUCGUUCUCCAAGGAAUGAAUUUUCACCAAGAGGAAGACCCUCACCACCACCAAGUGCAUCCAGCAUUACACCAUCAACUCAAAAUGUUCAACAUGGCAAUAGAGUGUAUGGAGCAUCAUUUGAUGAUAUUACAGAGAAUGAUAUGCAAGGAGAGGAGAAUGAAUCUGACAAUGAUUUUGAUGAUAUGAAUACAUCGGAUAUUUCUAGUGGAAAUACACCUAAUCAUACUGGUACCAGUAAUACAUCAGCAUCAGCAAACAAUAAUUUUCAAGGACCUCUAGUUGUUGUUCCCUCUAUAGUAGUUCCAAUAACAAAGGAAACCACGAAAGGAAGAUCAAAAUCUCUACUAGGAAAGUUGCCUUCCAUAAUUACAAAAUUAAAAAGAAAAAAGAAGGAAACAGCAACACCUGUAUCACCAGAAGAAUCUCAAUAUUCACAAUAUACUCACACCUUUGCCUCUCAAAUAAGUACAACCACAACCCAUUCUCAUGUUAAUAGUGAGGUGAGUGAAGUUCUAGUCAAGUUGACAGAAUUUAAUGGAGUACACAAAGAUUUGUCUCAGAAAAGAAGAAAGGGUGUCAAUUUUUCAGAGCUGGCUGAAAAAGCUUCUGGCUCAACAACUCCAAAGAGUCCAGUCAGAAGAUCUCAAGCCAUGAAUAUAUCCAAAUCAUUUAAAAUCAGUCUAAUGGAUGGGAAGGGAUCUGUGGAAAGGGAUGAUCUUUUUGAUACAAUUUCUUCUCACAGUAAUUUCACUGCAUUUUCUGUUGCAUCAGCACCAGCAAGAAACAAUAAUUUCAGCCGUUCUGUAGGACAGAGUUUGGAUACACUUGAUGAUGAUGAAUCAACAUAUAGUAAUACGCAAAUAGCAUUGACAAGUAGUCAACUAUUAGAAAGAAAAAAGACAAAAAGUGAAAAAAUCAAAAGUUUUUUCAACAAGUUUGCCAAAAAGGCAAAAACUCCUUCAACACCAACAUCCACUGAUAUGGCUAAGGUUACAUCCUUAGAAUCUCUGGCAAAUUAUGAAGAACCUCCACUGAAGAGACAUGGCAGAGAGUCAUCAUCAGACCAAUCGGAAAUUGAAAAAAUUUCAGAUGAAGAAGGAAUACAAUUCCCAGAGGAACCUACUUCUUUGGAUAAGAUUAAAUCCAAACUAACCCCAGCAAUUUUGAGAAAGGAAAUUGAAAAAUUAGAUCCUAGAGGUGAUAAUGUUAGAGGUAUAGUUGACUUGAUUUCUGAAAAGAUAUCAAUCGAAGAUGCAGAAAAGUAUGUGGAAAAUUACAAGUCAUUGAUGAAAAUUGGAGAUGAACACCCUCUCUCACACAUUUUCCACGAAGCUCUACUGGUUCACUAUGAUGGAGAAAAACUUAAAUCCGUUCUCACCAAAAUGAAUGAACAUUACUAUUCGACAACAAGCAAAAAGGUAGAUGAGGUGGUAGAAGAAGAUGCAAAAUCUACGGUUCCCCUUUUGUUGAUAUGGGUUCAAGUACAACUCUUCCCAUACUUGAACGAAAUACGGCUAUUCCCACUUGAUUUCAAGUAUAUUCCACUUUUCAUUAUCGAGUUCAUGGAGGCUGUAGUUAGAUUUAAUUAUGAUUGCUAUCCUGACAAUUGUGAAAUACCGAGAAUGAGACCUUAUUUUGGAGAGGAGGACGAAAUCAUGGAAGACCAAAGACUUGUCGAGGAUGCAGAGUUAAUUAGAGUUUGUUCACUCUUUGCCUUUGAGGUGUUCAGGACUCAAGCCCUUUCAAACAUUGCAGUGUUGUGCGAGUCUAAUAGAAUCAGAGAGACAUUCAAUCUGAUGAGGGUUACUGCUCUCACCGUUCAAACUUGGCACAGAAGAAGAUACCAACAAGAAGAUUUCAAUUCUAACAAGUUGAACUUGGAAUGUAUUCAAUCGCUCUCCAGAUCAAAACUUGAAAGAGGUUGUUUUGCAAAGAAUAUUCAACAAAUUGUAAUUCUUCAGUCUAUUUCAAGGUCUAGAUUAUUAGUCUCCUUCACAAGACACAAUAUUCAACAAAUCAUUACUUUACAGUCACUUGUAAGGAGACAUCAUAAGCAAAAAGAUUUACAAUCGAAGAAGGAAGCCAUACAGAUAAUGCAAAGCUUUUGCAGAGGCAAAGGAGAAGGACAAAUUUAUAGAUUCGAAUUGGAUAGAUCCGAAAUAUUUACAGCUCUUUCCAAGGCAUUAUCAGUUAAACAUUCUCGUUCGGUUUUGACAAGUAGGAUAAUAUUGCUUCAAAGUCUUGUUAGAGGAAGAGCAGCAAUGAAGGAAGUGAGCCAAUUGGAGAAUUUUUUACUCACUCUGCAAGCAUCCAUCAAGGGUUCUUCUGACAGGCAGGAAAUGGUAAUCUUCUCCUCCUCAAUUGAGGUUUUGCAAGCUAUGAUGUCUUCUAAUGUUAGUAGGAAAAACCUGCAAUUGCUCCGAAAUUUGGCUCAUCUAUUCAAUGCAGCAUUAGUUGGAAGAUUGGAAAGAACUAAUCUCACAACAAGUUUGGACUCUGCUGUAGUAAUCCAAGGAUUAUUCAGAGCUGGACAACAAGCUAAAUGCUUUACUCUUUCUAUGGAAAAUAUCAAAGUAAUUCAAUCUACGAUACUAGGAUGCAAUCAGAGAAAGAAAUAUCAAACCACUAGUGAAUCCAUUCCAUUACUUCAGGCAUUGAUCAGGAGAAUACUUUUGAAACAAGACUCCUCUAAGGAAAUUUCUAAUAUCCAAGCAAUACAGACCUUGAUAAGGGUCAAGCAAUGCCAAUCCAAUUUGAACCAUCUAAUCAAUGACAUUACUACCAUUCAAACGCUUUCCAGAAGAUUUAUCGAAUACCGAAACAGAAAAUCUUUGAAUUCAAAAUGUUUGAUUAUGGAUAGUGCAAUCAGGGGUUUCAAUGCUCGUACAACCUUUAAAGAACAAUGUAAUAGAAUUACACUUGUACAAUCGCUUAUAAGAGCCAAAUUGAUUCAGAAAUUCAAAGAUUCAGCGUUGAAUGCAUCCACUUUAAUUCAAUCUGUUUGUUGUGCAAGAAAGGUAUUCCUAGACUUUAAAAAGAAGAAACACGUUGCUAUCCUUGUUCAACCUGUUUCAAGAUCUUUAUUUGUAAGAAAGGACCUAUCUCAAUAUGUGCAAGUUGCUUCCCUUCUUCAAGCCAAUGGUCGUGGACUAGAACAACAAAAGGUAGUCCAAAGGUAUAAAUCGGACGUGCUUGUCCUACAAACUUUAAUUGACGCUGUCGCAAGAAGGAAGGAAUAUACAGAUCUUAAAAAGGGUGUGUUGCUUCUUCAAACUCUAUUAAGGAGCAUUAAUACCGCUUCGCAAGCUUGCACGGAUUUAGAUAAGGCACUUCUCUUGACCUCUUUGGCUCGUGGCCACAGUGGACAGAUGAAAUUUUAUGAUACGAGAAAUGCUGCCCAUCUAAUUCAGUCAAGAGCAAGAGGCACAUUGGAGCAAGUAAAUAAGCAUUCCUUGCAAAAUGCUGUUCAAACUUUACAGCAUUCAAUCAAGGGACAUUUGGGAAGAAUUGAUUUGAAGCAUCGAAUUAAUGCCAUCAAUAGUAUUCAAGCGUCUUUCUCAGGGAAGCUAAACCGUUCAUUGAUGCACCAAACUCAACGAAAGGUUUCGACUAUACAAUCAUGGCUGCGAGGCGUACAGACUAGACGUGGUUUUCAAGUUAAAAUUAAUUUGGCCCAUCAAAUUCAAACAUUAUAUCAAGGAAAAAUUGAAAAUCAACUUGUUAAACACACAACUGAAAGCUCAAAUAUAUUAGGUUCUCUCAUGAAAGGUCAUGUGCAACGUUUGGAGCAUAAGAAUGAACUAAUUAGAAUCUGUUUUACUCAGGCACUUUUAAGGACAUUCGAAACAAGAUGCUUGUUUAGAAACAGUGUUGCGAACUUGAGAAUGAUUCAAACUGCAGCUAGAUCUUAUCUCACAAGAAAAGAUUUAUCUGCCAGAAGAGAAGAUUUAGUGAAUACCCAAUCUGUUUUAUUUGGAAACUUUGCACGAAAGGAAUUUUCACAAAAUAAGAGUUUAAUAAUAACUCUUCAGGCAAGAGUCAAGACCUUUUUAAUAACUCAAGAACAAGAGAAACAAAUGAAUAACGUAUUGUUGGUGCAAUCCAACAUUCGUAAAAAGAAUGAAAUCAAAUCCUUUAGACAUAACCACUAUAACAUUUUGACUCUUCAAGCUUCGGUACGUGGUUUUAUAGCCAGGAAAAUAGAAAGCAGUGUUAAUGAAUAUGUUACUGUUAUUCAAUCACUUUCCCGAAGACAAUUGACAGAGAACAAAUUUAUUGAAAAUGUAGAAAAUGUUCAAAUCGUACAAGGUUUUUUACAAUCCUCUUUCUGUAGAGGAGAUUUCAUCAAUGAAUUGAACAAGAUCAAAACUUUACAAGCUCGUAUAAGAAGCAAAUUGGAAAAGGCUCACCUUUCAACCCUUUCAAACAACACCAAAUAUGUUCAAGCUGUGGUAAGAGGACAUGCAAAGUUGAAGGAACAUCAGGACUUGAUUGACUCUUCUCUUUUAGUUGAAACAUUCGGAAGAGCAUACAUCAAUAGAAAACAAUCGGAAACAUGCAUCAACAACAUCAAGAUUUUACAAUCUCUCAUUCUUUCUCACACGCUACGUGCACAACAUGAACAGUACACAAUUUACAUCAUCAAUUUGCAAUCUAGCAUGAGAGGAAGAGAUGAGAGAAAAAAUCUACAACCUACCAAAAACCACAUCAACACUCAGCAAGCUCUCAUUAGAGGAUAUUUGGAAAGGAAGAAUUUUUCACAUGUACAUGAUAGUAUCACUAAUAUUCAGGCCUUCUUCAGAGGACGUGGAAAUAACCAUGUGGACAUGUAUCAAUUAACCAAAGUGCUUGUAAUUCAGAGUGCAAUCAGAGGAAAACAUGUAAUGACAAGCAAACAAGCUCAUUUGGACAUGAUUUCUAUCCUUUCAUUGAGUGCUAGGUCAUUCAACACAAGGCGAUUAGCGGAACAAGAAAAGUCCAAAAUAGAUAUUAUUUCAACCUUGUUACAGUCAGCUCUGGUAAGGAACCGUUUUGAGGAUAGUAAUACCCUUGCAUCUUUUUUUAAAGGUAGAUCAUUAAGGCAAACCUUUUACUUAACAAGGGACUUGGUGGAAAUAAUGCAAUCUUUGGUCAGGAGAUUCUUGAAAUGUAGGGAAACCGAGAAGGCAAUCAGAAAUACCAAGAUAAUACAAAGCGCUGUAGUUGGCCACUUUACAAGGGUCAACGAUGGUAGACAAAAAGAUGCUAUUUUGACCUUUCAAUCACUUGGAAAAUCUCUGGUUGAAAAGCUCCAAAUGUCUGCUUUUAGAGAUGUUGCCACAAUUGUUCAAACACUAAACCAAGGAUGCAUAGAAAGAGAAGUCAAGCUUAAAUUGAUGGAACAAAUUCAAAUUAUACAAUCAGCAGCAAGAUCCAACCUUGUGUCUGCUAGUUUGGAGAGUGAAAAGCAGCGAAUUUCAAGUUUGCAAGCUCUUAUUAGAGGACAUAUUGUUAGGAACAAUUCCCAUGGCAGGGUUUAUAUUCAAAAGUUGGUUGUUGCUCAAGCCACUAUCAGGAAGUUUAAUGAACAAAAAAUUAGAGGUGGAGUGAAUCUAUUGCAUGCCUUGCUACAAGGUAAUACAGAAAGAACUAGUAGAAAUCGCAUGCAGAAUCAAAUUAUUACCAUUCAAUCUGCUUUUAGAUCAAGCUCAACAGUUGCCAGCAAACUUAACCAACUUGAAGCAGUCUCCAUGAUACAAAAUUUAAUAAUUUCUCACAAGGAAAGGACUGAACAUGCAUCCCCUAUUGAGAGUGUUCAUCUUAUUCAUGCAUUAAUACAAUCAGGCAUGGAAAGAAGACUAGCUCAAACCAGCAUGGCAUUUGUUACCAAUCUUCAAAGUACUAUUAGGAAAUCAUCUGAAGCUGCCAAGAUGAAAUUGGAUUUGAAAAGAUUGGAAACUUUGGAAUCAUUAAUAAGAUCAAAAAUAGUACAAAAGAAAUUGGAUAAACAAACUAGUUCAAGUUCAAUGGUUUGUGCCUUCCUUAGAGGAAAUAAGACCAGACUAUUGGUAAAAAACUCCUUAAACAAUAUUGAAAUUAUCCAGUCACUAAUCAGAAAUAGAUUUACAAGAGCAGAGUUUGAAAUAUCCAAGAAUGCAGUAUUAGCAAUACAAGCUAGAUGUAGAUCCUCUGCAAUGCAAAACAUAGAAUCAAAGCAACUAGAAAAUAUAACAAUAAUUCAAGCCUUUUUAAGAGGAAGCACGACUCACAUGGAUUGUUCUGGUAUCAUAGUAUUGCAAGCAUUGGUAAGGAGAAAAGCUGAAGAACAGAGCAGAAAGCAACACAUUUCAGAUUUAAUUUCUCUACAAGCACUGGCUAAUUCUAGAAAUAUCAACAUGUUGAAAAAUCAAACCCUUAACAAGAUUAUUGUCUUGCAAGCUUUGAUUAGAAACAAAUCAUCUAAAAAGAACAAUUAUUCUCCUAUUGAUAGGAAUGCCACUCAAAUGAUUCAAGCAUUAGUGAGAGCAAACAAGGAAAGAUCAAACAUACAUGCACUCCAAACAUUUACCAAGUAUGUACAUGCUCUUGCCAAAGGAGUCCUUGUGAGAUCUGGUUAUGAAAGAGCUCAACAUGAUUUAGUCACCAUCCAAGCAGCUUUUCAAGGUAAAUACAAACGUAGGGAAAAUGCUGAAGCUAUUCAAGACGUUAGUGCUCUUCAAUCACUAUUAAGAAGAAAACAAGCCAAAGACGAAAAAGCUACUUCUAUCAAUCAAGUCAUUUUACUUCAAUCUUUAUGGAAUGGCAUAAGUCAAAGAAAUGCAACCACCCUUGAACAGGAGAGAUUGCAGAUUUUCACAUCAUUUGCUAAGGGGUUCAUUCAACUCUCCACAAGAUCACGUAUCGAAAAGCAUAUUCUUAAUUUACAAGCUGUCUGUAGAAGCCGUUCAAUUCAACAAGAAUACCAAAACGAAAGGAGAUACUAUUCAAUUACUAUAAUUCAAAAUGCUGCCAGAGGAAAUACAGAUAGGAAAAAUCAUGAAAAUCAAUUACAACGUGUUGGUACUCUCCAAGCUGCAUCAAGAGGAUAUUCUGCGAGAACCAGUAGAGAAGAAGUUAUCAAUUCUCUCACUCACAUUCAGUCCUUGUGCAGAAAACAACUAGCAUUGAAGACUUUCGAAAGAAUAUCCUCUCAAAUGGAUUUAAUUUCAACCUUCAUGAGUUCCAGUCUAGUUAGAAAACAAUAUGCAAAUUCUAUGACCAAAGUUCAAAUUGUCACAACUCGCUUACAUGGAAUUUCUACCAGGAGACAAUCGUCCACCACAACCGAAUCCAUCAAAACAAUUCAAUCUAUUGUCCAUAGAAUGUCUGAAGAAAGAAGAAUUGAAAAAACCAGAGAAAAUAUUGCUAUCAUUCAAGCUCUCUUCAAAUCGCAACUUGCAAGAAGAUCUUUUAGCAAGUCUAUCACUCUGGCCACUGUUUUACAAUCCUUAUUGGAAAGAAAGACUACCAUUCUCAAAACAUAUCAGAAAAAGAAAGAUAUGAAAAUCUUUCAAUCAAGGGUGAGAACUUUCACAACUCUCAAACAAAGAGAUAUGAAAAUGAGCGGACUAAUUGUCAUUCAGACCUUUUUCAGGUCAAACCUAGUGAAAAGAUCUUUUAAUGAGGACAGAGAUUCUCUACUCGAUUCUAGAAAUAUGAUCAUUGCCCUCUACAGAGCCAAUCAAACAAGACAAGAAUUCAAAAAAAUGCAAAUACUCACAGAAUCCAUUCAAUCACUCAUGCAACAACAGAUUGCAAUCAGAGAUCUUAAUACCAACAUUCAAUAUAUUAACGCAUUGCAGAGUAUUAUUAGAGGACGAUUUGUCAAUGAAGAUUUCAGAACUGUCUCUGACUCUGCCAACUAUCUUCAGAGCUUGUAUUAUGGUCAUGAAACGAGAGGGAGUCUCACUGAUAUGAAGGAGUUAUCUAACACUGUCGCUCUUCUCUUUAUGUGUCACAAUAAGAGGAAUGAAUUUGAAUUUGCUCUGAGUAGUAUUUCGCUAUUGCAAGCCCGAGUCAGACAAAUUCAACAAGCCAAAUCACUCAAGAGUAUAACGGAUAAGGUGUUCACUAUUCGAUCAGCAAUUGAGGGAUCAAGAACGAGAGUUGAAUUAAGCAUCAAGAAUGAGAAUUUACAAACUAUCCAAGGUUUGCUGCGAGGUUCCUUUACAAGAAAACAGACCACUCAAUUUUCUGAACAAACUUUAUCAUCUACCACAACAAUUCAAGCAAUUGGAAGAAGAUUCCUCACUGCCAAACAACGAGCUGUCCUCAAGUCACAAUUCCAUCAACGACUCAACCUUGUAACUAGACAAUUCAAAUACGGAGAGGAAAGAAAAACUGGUGUUGCCCUUUUAUCCUCGCUUUCAUUGCUCAAUAAAAAGUAA